AUGUCUGAUGAAGAUAUUGACGAAAUUGAAAAUCUUGAACCUACCUUGCAAAAUGUGUUAGACCAGAAAUCUCUACAUUGGAUUUUCGUUGGUGGAAAGGGUGGUGUUGGUAAAACAACGACAUCAUGUUCCCUUGCAGUUCAGUUAUGCAAAGUGAGGGAAUCUGUUUUAUUAAUAUCGACAGAUCCAGCACAUAAUUUGAGUGAUGCAUUUGGACAAAAAUUUAGUAAAGAGGCGACGCUAGUAGAAGGAUUUACAAAUUUGUUUGCUAUGGAAAUUGAUCCAACAUCAUCAAUCCAAGAAAUGUUAGAUCAAUCUGAACAACAAGGAGGAGGAGCAGCUAUGGGAGCUAUGAUGCAAGAUCUUGCAUUUGCUAUUCCUGGAGUUGAUGAAGCGAUGGGAUUCGCUGAAGUCAUGAAACAAGUAAAAACAAUGGAAUAUUCGGUUAUCAUCUUUGAUACCGCGCCCACUGGUCACACGUUACGAUUUUUAAGUUUUCCUAGUGUAUUGGAAAAAGCAUUAGUCAAAAUUUCGCAAUUGAGUGGAAGAUUUGGACCAAUGUUACAACAAAUGUCAGGUAUGAUGGGACUUAAUUCUAAUCAAGAAGAUAUGUUUGGGAAACUUGAAGGAAUGCGAGCUAUAAUUACUGAAGUUAAUAAUCAAUUCAAAGAUCCCGAUAAAACAACAUUUAUUUGUGUGUGUAUUUCCGAAUUCUUAUCACUUUACGAAACAGAACGUAUGAUUCAAGAAUUGACUUCAUAUCACAUUGAUACUCAUAACAUUGUGAUGCAACAAAAAUAUUUGGAUCAAAUUUAUGAUUUAUAUGAAGAUUUUCAUAUUAUACUAAUGCCACUUUUAACAAAAGAAGUACGUGGAACAAAAGAUAUAAAUGAAUUUUCAGAAAUGUUAGUAAAACCAUUUGAACCACCAGAUGAUUCAAUGAUGGAUGAUAGUCAAUGA